CUGAACUUGAAUUGGUGCUUCCUUCUGUUCACUUUGUCAAAAGAAAGGAUUUUCAAUUAAGGUCCCUUUAGAUGGAAUUUUAUGCAGCAGAAACCUUGUCACCAGAAGAAUUAAUGUCUGCGUUAGCGUUUUGGAAAUAGAAAAAACAAAAAUUCCCAAAGCUAAGUAAAGGCCCACAGACAGCCUCAAACCUGGAUUCUUCAGCUCAGCAUUCAACAUUGGAGUUUUUAAAUACUUGCGGUAGAGAAACCAUUGCCAAUGCUUACAAGGAACUGCUUAUCCCUGCUUCUCUGGGUCCUGUUCAAUGGAUGUGUCUUAAUGUCACUUCAUUCACAACCACAACAGAUUUCAAAAGCUGAAUCAAGGGGAAAUGUUGUCACCAACCCAGAAAGGAGGAUACCCAUCAUACGGGUCAAGAGAGGCUGGGUCUGGAAUCAGUUCUUUGUGCUGGAAGAAUACAUGGGCUCCGAACCCCAGUACGUGGGAAAGCUUCAUUCUGACUUGGACAAGGGAGUGGGAAGUGUUAAGUAUACAUUAUCAGGAGAUGGAGCUGGUACAGUAUUUACCAUUGAUGAAACUACAGGGGACAUUCAUGCCAUAAAGAGCCUUGAUCGUGAAGAGAAGCCUUUCUAUACCCUACGUGCUCAAGCAGUAGAUAUUGAAACAAGGAAGCCAUUGGAGCCGGAAUCAGAGUUCAUCAUCAAAGUGCAGGACAUUAAUGAUAAUGAACCAAAAUUCCUUGAUGGGCCUUACAUUGCCAGUGUCCCUGAAAUGUCUCCAGUAGGGGCGUAUGUGCUGCAGGUCAAAGCAACAGAUGCUGAUGACCCAACAUAUGGAAACAGUGCCAGAGUGGUUUACAGUAUUCUUCAGGGACAGCCAUAUUUCUCCAUUGAUCCCAAAACAGGUGUUAUAAGAACAGCCUUGCCAAACAUGGACAGAGAAGUUAAAGAAGAAUAUCAAGUUCUCAUUCAAGCAAAGGACAUGGGAGGUCAACUUGGGGGACUGGCUGGAACCACAACAGUGAAUAUCACUCUGACUGAUGUCAAUGACAACCCACCAAGAUUUCCCAAGAGUAAGUUUUCAAUAAUUAAAGCUCAGAAUGAAAGAGAAUUUAUGCUACAUGGGACAAGAUACCAG